CGCGAACACCAAACGCAAAUUGUACUGAACCUUCAGAAUUCUCGAUCCAGAAUCAUCAACAGGCAUCAGAUCUCCGAUUUCUUUCGCUGUCCUCUUUAAGCUUUAGCAAUAUGUCAUCCAGCAUUAUUAUCCAUUUACUUAUAGCGUCGUGCACUAUUUGUAUUCUACUGCCUCAUAAUGUUUGGGGUCGUAUGGCUUUUGAAAAGCUAACAGAUUAUGAUUUUGCCGGCACUACGUAUUACAGUGUGAAAAAUCUAUCAUUGUAUGAGUGUCAGGGUUGGUGUCGUGAGGAGGCCGAUUGUCAAGCGGCUGCCUUUAGUUUCGUGGUGAAUCCUCUCUCGCCGACACAAGAGACUCAGUGUCAGCUGCAAAAUGAUUCGUCUGCUCAUAAUCCAUCUGCGGCUCCUCAACGUUCAGCGAACAUGUAUUAUAUGGUUAAACUGCAAUUGCGCAGUGAAAAUGUCUGCCAUCGUCCCUGGUCGUUUGAACGAGUACCCAAUAAGGUAAUCAGAGGAAGCGACAAUGCUCUUAUCUACACGAGUACGAAAGAAGCUUGUCUAUCCGCCUGUCUUAAUGAGAAAAGAUUCGUUUGUCGUUCCGUAGAAUACGAUUACAACAGCAUGAAAUGUGUCCUAUCAGACAGUGAUCGUCGUAGUGGUGGGCAAUUUGUCCAAUUGGUCGAAGCUCAAGGCACCGAUUAUUUUGAGAAUCUUUGCUUAAAGCCACAACAAGCCUGCAAAGCCACACGCAAUUUUGCUAAUGCUCGCGUAGGCGUUUCAGAGGAGAAAGUGGCACAAUUUGUUGGUUUGCACUAUUACACCGACAAAGAGCUACAAGUGACGUCUGAGUCAGCUUGUCGCUUAGCUUGUGAAAUUGAAAGCGAAUUCUUGUGUCGUUCGUUUUUAUAUCUGGGUCAACCGCAAGGCUCGCAAUACAAUUGUCGCUUAUAUCAUUUGGAUCAUAAGACAUUACCAGAUGGUCCAUCGACAUAUUUAAAUCAUGAAAGACCUUUAAUCGAUCACGGGGAACCGAUAGGUCAAUACUUUGAAAAUGUUUGCGAUAAAUCAACGAGCAGCGGUACUGGUCUUAAUACCUCAGCCAUGGAUAAACUGGAUACUUUACCGAUCAGCUUCGAUGCGACAGAAGAUCCUACCCUAAAUAUAACACGAAAUGAUGUCAAUUGUGAUAAGACUGGCACCUGCUAUGAUGUUUCCGUGCAUUGUAAGGACACACGUAUUGCUGUUCAGGUGCGAACUAAUAAGCCAUUCAAUGGUCGAAUUUAUGCAUUGGGGCGUUCCGAAACCUGUAAUAUCGACGUCAUCAAUUCGGAUUCAUUCCGUUUAGAUUUAACUAUGGCCGGUCAGGAUUGCAAUACACAAAGUGUGACCGGUGUCUAUUCGAAUACGGUAGUAUUACAACAUCACAGCGUAGUUAUGACCAAAGCGGAUAAAAUCUAUAAAGUAAAAUGUACUUACGAUAUGAGUUCGAAGAAUAUUACGUUCGGCAUGAUGCCGAUACGUGACCCCGAAAUGAUACAUAUCAACUCAUCGCCCGAAGCACCGCCACCGAGAAUACGCAUUUUAGAUACUAGACAACGUGAAGUGGAGACAGUUCGCAUUGGUGAUCGCUUGAAUUUCCGAAUUGAAAUACCGGAGGAUACUCCUUAUGGCAUUUUUGCUCGCUCUUGUGUGGCUAUGGCUAAAGACGCACGCACUAGCUUCAAAAUUAUUGACGAUGACGGCUGUCCCACCGAUCCCACUAUAUUCCCCGGUUUUACUGCUGACGGCAAUGCCCUACAGUCUACCUAUGAAGCUUUUCGUUUCACCGAAAGCUACGGAGUCAUUUUUCAGUGUAACGUCAAGUAUUGCUUGGGUCCUUGCGAGCCGGCUGUCUGCGAGUGGAAUAUGGAAUCAUUUGAAUCUUUGGGUAGAAGACGUCGCCGCCGUUCGGUUGAAGGAAAUGAUACCAAGGAAGCCGAUGAGGAUAUGAACAUAUCACAGGAGAUAUUGGUCCUGGAUUUCGGGGACGAGAAACGAGAAUUUUUCAAAGCCGAUCCCAGUACUGACUUUGCUAAAGAUAAGACUGUCACCAUUAUCGAGCCUUGUCCCACCAAGACUUCAGUUUUAGCUCUGGCCGUAACGUGUGCCCUUAUGAUUCUAUUAUACAUUUCAACCCUGUUCAUUUAUUACAUGAAGAAAUGGUUGCAACCGCAUAAAAUUGCAGCAUAAGAUUCUUUUCUUUUUU